GACAUUACAGUGACAUUUCUCGUUCUCUUUACGUCGCCACGUUCUGUAGUGUCAAUUUCUUUAAAAAUUUUGUGAUUUUCAAUUAUUUCUUUAGAAAUUGAAUAAAACGUUGAAGUAACCAACAAUAAUAAUGCCACCAAAAAAAGUUGAAGAACCUGAACGAAAGCCAUUGAUUGGUCGUGUCGGCACUAAUUUACGUGUUGGUAUCGUUGGCGUCCCGAAUGUAGGAAAGUCGACAUUCUUCAAUGUUUUAACGAAAAGUGCUGCGGCUGCUUCUAAUUUUCCAUUUUGUACCAUCGAUCCGAAUGAAAGUAGGGUACCCGUUCCCGAUGCCCGAUUCGAUUUUUUGGUUGAUUAUCACAAGCCAGCGAGCAAAGUGCCCGCCUAUCUCAACAUUGUUGACAUUGCCGGUUUAGUGAAGGGAGCUGCUGAAGGACAUGGCCUGGGCAAUGCAUUUUUGUCUCACAUCGGUGCAUGUGAUACAAUCUUCCAUUUAUGCCGUGCUUUUGAUGAUCCAGACGUGACCCAUGUUGAAGGCGAAGUAGAUCCGAUCAGAGAUUUUGAUAUAAUCGCAGAAGAACUUCGGUUGAAGGACGAAGAGGCCCUGUUGAAAAACUUAGACAAAGUUGAACGGGCCUGUAUUCGUGGCGGUGACAAGAAACUUAAACCGGAAUAUGACACUCUAGUUAAAGUGAAAGCAGUUCUCUGUGAUGAGAAGAAACAUAUCCGGUUCGCCGAUUGGAGCGCUAAUGACAUUGAAGUCCUUAACAAGUAUCUGUUCCUUACAUCCAAACCGGUCGUCUAUCUCGUAAAUCUGUCCGACAAGGACUUCAUUCGCAAGAAGAAUAAAUGGCUCGCUAAGAUCAAAGAGUGGGUGGACAAGCACGAUCCCGGAUCGGUGAUUAUACCCUUUUCGGGCGCAUACGAAACGAAAUUAGCUGAAUUCGAGUCCGAUGAGGAACGUAAGGCAUACAUCGAAGAAGUGAAGUGCCCGAGCGUGUUGGACAAGAUUAUCGUCACCGGUUACAAGGCAUUGAAUUUAGAAUAUUUCUUCACUGCUGGUCCGGAUGAAGUCAGAGCAUGGACAAUUCAAAAGGGCACAAAAGCGCCACAGGCUGCCGGUCGUAUCCAUACCGAUUUCGAGAAGGGUUUCAUUAUGGCUGAGGUUAUGCAUUACGCUGACUUUAAAGAGGAAGGAUCUGAAUCAGCCGCAAAAUCAGCUGGAAAAUAUCGUCAACAAGGUCGUAAUUAUACAGUAGAGGACGGUGACAUCAUUUUCUUUAAAGCCAACACUGGUGGUGGAUUAAAAGAUGCUAAAAAGAAGUAAAAUCAGUGCCGCCGAUGUUCCGAUUGAAUGAUUUACGGCCGAUUGAUGUAACGCAUUGAAAAUGUAAUCGUUUCGAAUUGAAAAAAUAGUUUUUCAGAUUUCGACUUCAGAAUUUGCAUUUACAGUUUUGUUACAUGCUUUUUUUUAAAUAAACAAUUCUAACUCA